UAAAUGUGGUUUUCUCGUAGUAACGGUUCUGGUAUGCGUUCGGGGCAAUCGUUUUUUCCGACAUUAAUCUGUUGUCACUCCCUAAUUUCUUCUCCUUUCUUCUUCUCACUAAUCACGCACAAUAACAAUUCCGCGAAUCCAAUGUACUUCUUUCCAACCCCUCUGCUCUCGUAACUUCCCACCUACCUAGGGUUUAUCUCCCACUCCUCACUCACUCCCAACAAAACCCUACCCUAGCGAUUCCCAUUACCCACAAGCUGUGAUUCUUCUUCGCUCAAACUGUGGCUUCUCUGAAAUCGACAAACCCAAACGGUGCCUUAUGCUCGCGGCAAUUUCCACGAUUCAAAUAUGAAGAGGUAUCCGAUAUUGGAAGCAGUGAAGAUUGUGAUCUUGGAGUUUCUUUGUUGCUAGUUUAUGUUAAAUACGAAGUUUGCAUUUGAAUUAUGUAUAGUCAAGUGAAUCGUGGUUCUCAUUUCGGGCAGAGUCCCGUCCCUCCGGUGCUGCCGCCUCCACCACCACCACAACCACCACAACCACCACCGCAGUAUCAGCAGCCUCCGCCGCAUUUCCAUCAGUUCCCACCCCCUAACGUUGGUGGUCCUCCUCCUCCACCGCCUAACAUUGGUGGUCCACCACCACCACCACCACCUCAUCAUGUUUAUUUAAAUGGACCUUCCCCUCCUCCUCCUCCACCGCGUCCUAAUUCGUCAUCCCCAAUUCCCAUGAACCUUCCGGUUCAAGGUUCACAUAAUGUGAUGCCAAAUGCUGGACAAUCCUACCCUAUCCCUUCUCAGUUACACCAUGGGAACACCAUGACACCGCAAACAUCUUGGGCUCCAGGACCACCGGCUAGAGUAUUGCCACCACCACCACCACCUCCACCCCAUCCUCCCUCAGCUUCCCAAGGUCAAAUUUUGUAUAACCCUCCUUUCCAUGGUCCACCUCUGCAACCCGGUGAUGUUCAGAAUCUGCAUACUGCUCCUCCACCACCACCUCUUUCAACAGGUUAUUUCCAUUCAACUGUUGGGAAUUACCGAGUGCCUCCUGGUGUUCCCCCACCGUUGCCAUUGUCUCCACCACCUGCUCUUCCCGCUCCACCACCUCCUCCUCUUAAUGCUCCGGUAACCUCCUCCUCCUCCACCUCAAAUGUUGCAGAUGACCCUCACUCUGUGAAGACUGUGGAUUUGGUUGAUGGAGUUGUAGCUUCUCUUCCAUCUAAUAUUGCACCUGUACAUGGUUCUGAUUCUAAACGGGAUGGUCCAAAUUGUAGAGAGGUUGCUGGUGCUGAAAAAGAGGAGGAUCUUCCCCCACCUAGGCCAACGGAAGAAAAUACUGUACUGAAGAUAGAAGCUUUGUGUCAGCUUAUUGCUGAGAAGGGAGCUGAUAUUGAAGAUAAGAUUCGUCGAGACGAAUUUCAAAAUCCUGAAUAUGUAUUUUUGUUUGGCGGAGAACCAGGAACUGAGGCUGCAAUUUCUAACUCUUAUUUCCUGUGGAUGAAGAAGAAAUAUAAUUUAGAUACUGGAUGGCAUGAAAAGAAAAGGCAACCAGAGAGAAUAUACUCUUCAGGUGAGCAGUCUAACCUGCAUGUUGCAACUGCUAGUGCUGAUUCUGACAUGGAAAUGGAAGAUGAUAUCACACUUUCUGACAAGGACCAAGGUUCAAACUAUGCAACUGAAGCCCUAAAUCGGGAUGGUGAAGUGCUUAGAGUGAAUCAGAAUAUAGCACAGCCGCAGAAAUUAUCAGAGAAUGACCCUGCCAGGGACAUCUCAUCCUGCAGUCCAUCAUACUUUGGAUCCAUGGGAGUCAGCAAACAGAAUGAAGGACCAGAGAUUUUAUCUGAUCUGGAGCACAGCAAAUCUGUAAGACCAGUUACCAAGGUUCAAAGUCUUGAGAAUGACUCCACUGAAGUAGCUGAGUUAUCCUUGGGCAAAGCUUUGGAGGAAACUGCAACUUGUGUUGAUGAUGAUUUUGUAUGUACUGUUACUUCUGAUCACAAUAAAACUGCUACUACUAAUAGGGAUUAUGGGAUACUCCUAGCGAGUGGCAGCCCAAUAAGACUUCUUCAAGAUUAUGCUUCUGAUGACACUUCAGCUAAGGGGGAUGAAAGCAAUGCUGCAGAUGCUAACGUUUUCACAUUCUCAGAAGGUGUUGUUGAUACUGGUGUUUCAGCCAGUACUCAAAAGGGGUUUGGGUCACUCUCCAGAACAUCACAGGAUGGUUCAGAAAUAUCUACACAUUUAUUACAAGAGUCUAAGAAAACUCGCAAUCGAAAAAAAUCUGUCUCACGUUGGAGUAGUGAUGGAUGUGUUGAGCAUAACCUUGAAAAUCAGAUGUCCGUUAAUUUUGCUUCAUCGGUAGAAGCUUCCAAGGGCAAAGAUAGAUUAGAGGAUACUGCCAUUGACACUGGUAGUAGAAGUGGUAAUGCUGAAAAGGAAGAUGAGGGGAAAACCUCAAAAUUUGAACCAAAUGUUAUGAAAGUAGAUGAAUUCGGAAGACAACUAAGAGAAGGUCUUUCAGAUAGUGAUUCUGAUGAUUCAUUCCAUCCACGGACACGGAGGCUUAAUAAAAGAGAUAGAAGAAGCUGGAGCCGCAGCCAGUCUCCCCCAGACAGGAGGAGUAGGAGGAAUAGGAGGAGUCCUCGGAGGAGAAGAGAUAAAAGAAACAGGUCUCGCAGCUGGUCACCCCGGCAUCGAAGAAGCAGUAGGUCACCAAUCUCAAGACGUUCAGGUGACUUUCGUGGUGAGAAUGUUAAAAGGGAGAAGGAUCAGUGCUUUGACUUUCUUCGAGGAAAGUGCUAUCGGGGAGCAUCUUGCAGGUACAUUCACCAUGAAUCUGACAUGUAUGCAACUUCAAGGCGCUCUAAGAAUAAACAUGAUCUGGAAGUCAGUUAUGGUGGAAAAGAAUCAAAGACUAAUGGAGACAUGACGAAUAUUUCAUCUAAAGUGUUUGAUAAUGAGCAUGAUGGAGUUAGAAGUCAGGAUGAUGAUCUUAGUCUGAAUGUGACUAGCCAGGAAGUAGUGCAGAAAAAAGAAGAUUCAGGGAGGAAUGUUGUUGCAUCAACUAUCAUUCAUCUUGAUGGCCUAUCAGUUAAUAGCAAUCUAGGUAAAUCUAAAUCUAUCAGAGAGGUUGCUCCUGAAAUGCAGGAAACCAUUGAUGUGAGGGAGGAUCCAAGGAAUUCAAUCCAUGGGAAUGAUAGUUCGGAAGCAGGUGAUUCUCAACAGCAACACAUGGUUGAAGGCUUUCACCCUGAUGCUUUAGGCCGUGAUAAUACUUCUAAAUCAUCUGGUACAUAUAAAGAUGUCAUUCCCUCAGGAGACGGUCGUUUUGCUCAGAAAAUGCAACUUGGUGUUUCUGCUGCUGGAAUUCUGGAACAUUCGGGUUAUCCAUCUCAGCAUGUAAAUGCAUCCUCUGUGACUGAUGCAUCACCUGAUAAAAGAUCAACUGUUUCUACUAGUAUUACUGAAGUUCCUGAUAGUGUCACAUCAGAGCAGGCUUCAUUGAACCCUCAGGCUUCAAAAGAGUUACCUCCACAGUGUGGCUCUUCAGUGGAAUUUCCACGUCAUAAUUACCAGUUGUCUGCACCUGUUGUUUCACAUUCCCCUGGCGAAAAUCCUGUGCACAUGCCACAAAUUUCAAGGCAGUAUGAUGUGAUGCAACAAAGGGCAUUCUUUCCUUUCCAAUCCACUGCCAGAGAAAAGUUUGAACCUUACCCAGCUCCUUUACACAUGCAGAAUACUCACCUCAAUGUACCACCUAAUAGCUCUUGGACAUCAUUGCCAUUGCCACCGCCACUGCCACCACUGCCACCCCCGCCAUCCAGAGUGGUGUAUGAUUCCAAUGUAAACUCAGGAGUUGUAAAAUCAUAUAUUUCUUCUGAAUUUAUUCAGAGUCAAAUGCAUUCAAGGACUGACUUUGUUUCCCAGACUUCCAUGAAGCCUUUACCAAGUUGCUCUGAGAAAUCUGAAUUUCAGGAUAUAGCAUACCCUCCCAUGCAGGAUCAUUCACGAACUUUGAUGCUUACUGAACCUUUCUCUCCAAAGCAACUUCCUCAAGGGAACCCAGCUAGUCAAUUACUUUCAGGAUCUAGUCUCAACGGAGAUGAAUUUCAUAAUCAACUUCCAUUGCAGGAUUCAAAAUUUUCCAGUGCGACAUCAUUUGGCAGCUUGCAGCCUCAACAAAAUCAAUUUUCCUGGAAAUCGGAUGUGAACAGACUACAAUCUUCUCUGGGUGGCAAGUUACCCCCCGAAGGACAUUUUAUGACAACCUCACACAUUGAUUCAUCAUCACAGAAACAACAAUCAAUGUACAAUUUUCAGUGUUCUGUACCCGAGGCUAAUUUGGGUGUGCCUGGGGAGACUGCUACUGUUUCCAGAUAUCCACCUGAUUUUCUGGAUAGCAGUCAUUCAACUUCUCUUCCACCGUUUAGUGGAUCAAGAAUAUCUGCUCACUAUAAUCCUUAUGCAUCAACCUUUGAGAAACCACUAAGUUCCAAAUUUAGUUCAAGUAUUUUUAGACAGGAAAAUGAAAUAGUCCAUGGUAACAAUUUUGCUUCUUCUAGAUUGAACGAUACUACUGUAAAUGGGGAGGUUGAUGGUGGGGUUGGAUCGAGACAUUCAGCAUCUGCACCAAAAUCAGGUAGAGCUCUUGGUCAGAUUUUGCCUAGGUCUGGUGGUGACCAAUACGAUCCACUUUUUGACAGCAUUGAACCAUCAUCCUCUUUGAGAAAAACUGAUUUUGAUCAGAAGCAGGAAGUUACAGGUGAAUCCGAUGUCAGCCUAAGGCCCAAAAGUUCUUACAUCUCUUUGGAUGUGGAUGAGAAAAACAAGCAGGAGGAGGUUGGGGCUGUUGCCUCUACCACUUCUCAAAAUAAUGAUGAAUACAGUGAGACGGCGGAUGCAGAAGUUGGUGCUAUUGAAAAUGAGAGCCUAAGUGAUGAUGUGGAUUUUGCAAAAGUUACUACAAAGGAGGUUGAGAGUAAUCGGGUCAAGUCUCCUGGGAAAAGAAAAAAGAGUAAGGAUUCCAGAUCGAUGAAAUUGUUCAAAGUUUCUAUUGCGAACUUUGUAAAGGAGGUUUUGAAACCAUCAUGGCGGCAAGGUAAUAUGAGUAAGGUUGCUUUUAAAACCAUUGUGAAAAAGACCGUGGAUAAAGUGUCAGGAGCCAUGAAAGGCCACCGUGUACCCAAGUCCCAAGCAAAGAUAAGUCAAUAUAUCGAUUCAUCGCAGCGAAAGUUGACUAAACUUGUGAUGGGUUACGUUGACAAGUAUGUGAAGGUAUGAGUGAACUAUGCCAAUGUUUCUCCAACAUUCAAAGUCAACGGGUGUGGCAUUUCAACGGGAGGGCAUGGCAUUUCAACAGGAGGGUGUGGCAUCUCAACAGGGAACAUCGGUACUUCCCUGGAGUUGUCUACUCUCAUAUUAAAGGCGCACUGGAUAGGUGCGAAAAAUGGUUGGUCAAUAUUCCAGUACCUGAAGAAUUUUUGGUCGCCCCCAAUAUGUAUGUAUUGUAUUUCUCCUUGUUACUCUUGUGAUUUGCUUUUGAUUUUAUAGAUUCAACUCCGUGUUAUUUUGAAGUGUUAUGAUGAAUAACGCGAAGUUGGAAUUAGUUCACUUUCUUGUAGCUUUUUAUUAUAAGCUAAUAGCUAGAAGGAAUUGCAUGUAAAAAUACUAAAAGAAAACUGUAAAUUUGUGUUGGUGCCUAAUUGUUUCUUUUUAACGUUCCAAACCAUCUUGUGGUUUGGCAGAGACAAAGUUUUUCUUUUUAUUGGUGACCUCAUCAAAUAUCUUCCCCGAACAGAACCAUGGAAACAGAAGAAGCUUUUCUUACA